GGAUUAAUAACAAAAUUGAUUGCGUAUGAUCUGGCAUAACAUACGUUUAUAUACGGAAAUGAUGGAUUAACUAAAUCAGCAAACUGAAAUAAAUGAGAUCCCAUCUCUAUUUAAACACUAGCCCUCUUCCAUCUUCCUCCACAAAUCUCUCCUCUUACAGUUACACCACACCACAGCAGCAAUGGCGAUCAAGGUCUACGGCCACCCUUUCUCCCCCGCAGCCAAAAGGGUUCUUCUCGCUCUAGCAGAAAAAGGCCUCGAUUACGAGCACAUACUCAUCGAUUUAGCCACCGGCCAGCAGAAGAAGGACCCCUUGAUCUCAAUCAAUCCAUUCGGUCAGGUGCCCGGAUUCCAAGAUGGCGAUUUGCAGCUCUUCGAAUCACGGGCCAUAACGAGAUAUAUCGCGCAUGCAUACGCGGACAAGGGAACUCCACUGAUCCCGGAGGAUCCGAAGAAGCUGGCGGUCAUCGGAGUUUGGCUGGAAGUGGAAGCUCAGAAAUUCGACGCGGCCGGCCAGAAACUGAGCUUCGAGAUUCUGGUGAAGCCGAUCAAGGGACUGACGACAGACGAGGCCGUGGUUGAAGAGGGCCAGGCCCAGUUGGCAGCGGUUCUCGACAUUUACGAGGCCCGUUUGGGAAAAUCCAAGUAUUUGGGUGGCGACGACUUCUCGUUGGCCGAUCUGCACCACAUUCCGAUUGUUUCCAACUUGCAGAAAACCAAAGUUAAGGCGGUGUUCGACGCCCGCCCCGCCGUUGCAGCCUGGGCCGCCACCCUCUUGGCCCGGCCCGCUUGGCAGAAGAUUAAUGCGGCUUAAUUAGCUCCAUCUUUUAUCUAUCCUGGUUGCAUGGAGAGCUCUUCUAUGCCCUAAACUCUAUUGUCUACUUAUUUUAAGUAAUACUACUCCGUAUGAGGUUAUUACAGGAAA